AUGGCCGCACACGAGGAGCAGCCCUACCGCCCCAAGGAUGCCCUGGGCGCCUCAAUCAAGGCCGGCAUGAUCACCACCGGCGCUGGUCUUUUCGUCUCGACCAUUCAGAACACCCUCACCAAGCAGAACUAUGGUGCUAUGGGCGCCUUCACCAAGUUUGGUGGCACUACCGCCGUCUACGGUGCCAUGGGAGCCGCCUACGAAUUCACCAGAUGCGCCUCGGCCAACCUCAGACAACGCGACGAUGCCUGGAACUCUUUCUGGGGUGGUCUUGCUGGUGGCUCAAUGCUCGGUCUUAGAUUCCGCACCGCUCCCGCCGUCGCCGGUUACGGAGCCGCUCUCGCCGUUGUCCUCGGUACCUGGCAGUACGCUGGUGGCAAGAUCACUGGUUACGAUGUUGAUCCCACAGUCGACGAAGUGGCCCGAAAAGAAUACGUGCGCAAGAACAGAAGGAGACCAAUGGAGGAGACACUCGAGCAGAUUGGCGAGGGACGCGGCAUCUUCGGGCCCGGAUACCAAGAGAGAAGAGCAGAGAGACUCCAGCAAAACUACGGCAUCGAGGUGCCAGCUGCUUCUUCUUAG